AGUCAUCAGUUUACGGCCAAUUGUCAGCAGCAAAGCUUCCAAAUAGUAUCUGUUUCAGUAUGAAGUGGUUCAAUCUGUUUUUAGUGCUCGGUAUUUUGGCGCUGGUCGGCAGCAUUGGUACAUUGACAGCCGCCGAGCCUGUCCCGCAACCGGGACCAGAGCCCAAGGGACGCCCGCACACAACCCGUCGCCCAAGGAAUGAGAACGACGAGAAUCGGCGCUAGCAGCCCAAUCCCAUAAGAUGCACCAAACAGCAACAGAUUCGUGAUGCACAAACGGGAAAUAUUUUGGUUACGGUGAAAUGCUUUGGAUUCGAACAAAUGCAAUUUAUUGAAGUUUUACUCUUGUAAUAUUAUAAAUAUACCAAACAAAUUGGCACCAGUUAA